AUGGCUAGUUAUAUUGCAGAAGAAAUAAGAAAUAUUAUAAGCGAUAUUUAUCUAUCUACCAUUUUAAUUGAUAGUAGUAAAAUUGUAAAAAGGGAAAUAUCAUUUUUCCUUGGUAUAAGUGUGAAUGAUUUGUUUCAACCAUUUGGUUUUUGUGAUUCAUUUAUAAAUGAUGACAAUGAAAAAGUCGACCUGAAAUUGAAUGCAAGCAUAAAUAUAAAUUAUUUAAAUAAAAAUAAUACCCUAAAUGAAAAGGUAAUUGAAAAUAAAAAUAUUAAAAUACGAUUUAUAAAUGCGAAUGAAUAUGAAGAUGUCAAGUUAGAAUAUCUGGAUAGAAUUUUGAUUGAUACUAUUUCAUAUAAUGAGCCAGAAUAUUCUGAUAUAUAUAAUGAACAAAAUCUUAAUGCAUAUUUUAAAAAAAAUGAGAAAGACAAUAUUAGUUUAAAUAAAAAGUACUUUGAAUAUAUAUGUGCUAAUUCAACUGUACUUCAUAAAGAUAUUAAAAAGGAUAUAGUAAAAAAUAUUGAAGAGAAUAAAAGAGAGCAAUACGAGGAUAAUAUAGAAAAAAGGAAAUAUUCUCAAUAUGAUAAUAAUAAAAAUAAUACAUAUAAUUAUAAUAAUACAUAUAAUUAUAAUAAUAUAUAUAAAAACAAAAGUGAUAAUUUCCUCUCUCAAUCUUCUAGUUAUGAUUAUAUAACAAAUAGCGAUGUGAAUGAUAAUGAUGAUAUAGAUAAUGAAAUAUUUAAAAAUAAAUAUAUGAAUAAUAUUCAAAAAUAUAAUGCAUUUUCUCUACCUUGGUUUAAUACAUAUUUUAAAACAUCAUGGACCUAUACACAUUUGUUUAAUAAUUCGUCAUGUACUCCAUUAGGAAUUGUUUAUAUUUGUAGCACAAGAGAUAGUAAUGUUAUAGAUUUAUAUAAAUCAAUGAUUAAAAAUAAUAUAAAAAGAAAUAAUGCUUAUAUGAAUGCUAAUAUACCAAAGUGUAUUAUUCUUCUUCAUAUUUCAAAUAACCAUGAUGAUGAUAUAGAAACAGAUGUUCAGAAAUUAUUUGUAAAUAUACAAUCAACUUUUUUAAAUUUUAAGUGUCAUUUGUUAAUAAUUAAAGCCCAUCGAUUUUUUAGUGCUUAUGAAAAAUAUGCAAAAAAUAUAAACGAAGAAAUCAAAAAAAAAACAGAUCAUCAUGAUAAUAUAAAAAAGGACAUGAGUGAAAAUUUAAACAAACAUUCAAAGGAUCAUUCAUUUGAAAAUAUGAGUGAUAAUAAUAUUCACAGUUCGAUUACAUAUGAAUUAAAAAAUGAUAAUUUUUUAAACAAUGCAUUAAAUCAUGAUCAACAAGAAGAAUUAUAUAACAAAAAUAAUUAUGGUACUAAUAAAAUUGUUUCUUCUUCACAUAAUAAUGAUUAUGAUGAUGAACCAAUGGUGGUAAAAAAACAAGAAACAGUCAGUUGUUGUGAUAAAAAUGAGAAAAUAAGAAUACAUAGAAAAAAGAGAAAACAAAUAAAUUAUGUACAUUUAAAUAAUAUUCAAAAAUUAUAUAUGAAUCACUUGAGUAUGCAUUUUAUCGAUUUUUUUUUAGAUGAUGGAAUAAAGGUUGCUAAGAAUAUAAAUGAUAUUGAAGAAAGUAUGAAUAUAAAAAAGAAUAUUUCUAUUGAUAUGAAUAGUAUUUAUGAAUAUAUAAUGUCAGAUAAAAUAUUAUGUAUUAGUAAGAAAAUGCCUUUAUAUAUUGAUGAAAUAUAUUUUUGUUGUUGUUUGGAUAUUGCUGAUAUUAUAUCUCUAAAAAUGUUUAUUCAUAAUUUUAUAAAAACUUGUGUAAUACCAUAUAUUAGUAUGUUAACGAAUGAUAUAAAUAAUUUGAUUUUAAGUAAUAAAAAAAGUUUAAGAAAUCAGUUAAAAUUUAUGUGGAGAAAAACCAAAUUAAAUUUCACUUCCUCUGAUGCUGCAUCGUUUGUAGCUGAGCAAACAAGUAAUGUUUUAUUGAACGUAGCACAAAAUAUGUUGGUAUCUCCUAAUGAUAAUAAGAAUGAUGAGAAUACAAAAGGAUAUGAUGUAUCUACUGUGGAUGACAUGAAGGAUGGUUUGAAUGAACGUGGUCCUUUAAUUGAAGAAGAUAAUAAAAAGGAUGAAAAAUAUGAGAAAACUAUUCAAAGCAACGUUAAUGAAUCUCAACUUUUUAAUGUAUCAAAUAAUGAAGUCGGUUUAAAAUUAUUUGGUAGAAGAGAUUCUUUUCAAUUUUUUCGACGAACGGCUAGUAAUAAUUCAUCAUCAAGUAACAAAAAUUUGGUAGAAGGGAAAAAUUACAAUAAGGAGUCACUUGAAUGGUUUUAUAAAACAUUGAGUGAUAUUUAUUUUAUUUUAAAUGAAUAUGAAUUAUCAUAUAAUGUUUUAAAAAUAUGUAUAAAUGAAUUUAAACAUGAUAAGAUGUAUUUUUAUUUAGGAAGUAUAUAUGAAUUGAUUAGUCUAUGUAUUCAUCAUAUAGAUAAUAUUAAUAAAAAGGAUUCAUUAUAUUAUUUAGAUUUGAGUUAUCAGAUGUAUCAUAAAUGUUAUUAUUUAAAUAAUAUGUUUAUAUGUUGUAUAUUAAAUUAUUAUUUAUCACUUAUAUAUGAUGAACCAAAUGAAUCAUCUAUAAAUAUAUUGAUAAAUGCAAAUGUUGAUUUUUCUUAUGUAGAAGAAAAGUUAGCAACAGAAAAUAUGAAAUUAUCAAAGUUUUUUAUUCAAAAUAAUAAUAUAAGAUCUGGAUUAUUACUUGAACAAAUUACAUAUAGUUAUAAAAAAGAAAAAAUCGAUCAAUCAUAUAAUUUUAAUGAAUUCAUAAAAAACUUAAAUACAUAUAAUAAAAUAAUAACAAAUAUGGUAAAUAAAAAUGUGCAUUAUUAUUUAACUGACAAUAUGAAAAAAACAAAGAAAAAAAAAAAAGAACAAAUAAAUGAAGAAGGAAAUAUAUCAAAUGAUAUGAUGUCAAAUAACAAACAUAUCAAUGUCGAAACGAAAAAAUGUGAUGAUAAUAAGAUAAUAUCUCCUAUGAAAGAUAAUAAAAAGGUAAGUACACACAUGAUGAGUGAUGAUAAUACAUCUACCACAAUGAAUAAUAAGAAUAUAUAUACAACUGAUAUGUAUAAUAUAGAUGAUAAUAAUAAUAUAAAUCAUAUAAAUAAUGAAAUAAUAAGUGAUGAAAAUAAAACAAGCGAUAAACAUCAAAGUAGUAAUAAUGAAAGAAAAAAUAAAAAGGAUGAUAUAAAUGAAAACAUAAAUAUAGAGAAUAUAGAGAAUAUGGAAAAUAUGGAAAAUAUGGAAAAUAUAGAAAAUAUAGAUAAUAUAGAAAAUAUAGAAAAUAUACAAAAUAUACAAAAUAUACAAAAUAUACAAAAUAUAGAAAAUAUAAACAAUAAAGUAAGCAUAAUGACACAAAAUAAUUAUAAUAAUACCAUAAUGUUAGUAAAGAAUAAAAAUUAUAAAUAUCGAAAAUAUUUAUUUGAAAUGACAUUAGCUGGUCAUACAUUUAAUAAAUGUGGUUUUAAAAGGUUAGCUUUAUUUUGUUAUUCAAAUGUAUUAAAAAAAUAUGAACAGAAAGUAUUUAUGAAGCAUAUUUAUGAACAUUUACAUUUUAUGAUGGCUCGUCAAGCCUUUAGUAUUAAUUUAUAUUAUGAGGCAUUAAAUCAUUAUAUAUGUAUUCUCAAUUCGAUUACAAAUAAUUAUGAAAAAUCUUAUAUAUUAAACAAACAAAUAGAUAUAUAUACAACAUCAGCAGAUAAAGAAGUCAAUUUUAUAAGAGAGUUUGCUUAUGUAUAUAAAAUAUAUGUAGACAAAAUUUUAAACGAAUUAUUCAAAAAUAAUAAAACAAAACAUAUCAAUGGUGGUAAUAAUAAUAAUAAUAAUAAUAAUAAUAAUAGUGGUGGUCAUAAUAAUCAUAUGUCAAAUAAUAUAAAGGACGUAGUAAAUAAUGAUGACCAUUUAUCAAGUGAACAUAAUAAUGAGGAGAAAAAAAAGAUGAAUAGAAUAAAUUAUUUUAGUGAUGAUAAUACAGAGAAUAUUAUAAAACCAUUAAAUUUAAGAAUUCCAUUUAUAAAUUUAAGAAAUUCAGAAAGUUUAUUUGUUAAUUCUUUAUUUAUAUCUAAAACUAAUAUAUAUAAUAAUGAAAAAAAUGGUCAUAUUAAUUUUUUUUAUAUUUAUGAAAAUAAUAUAUAUAAAAUGAAAAACUAUGAUACAACAUUGAAUGAUAUGUAUCAUAUUCUCACAAGAAAUAUAUCUCAUGGUAGUAUGUCGCAUAUACAUGAAUUUAAUUAUAUGUAUAUUAUGUAUAAGAAAUUUAUAAAUAGUGUAUAUAAUGAGGCAAUUGAUAUAACAUGUGAUAAUUUUAUGGAAAGACAAGAAAUGACGAAUAAAGAAAAGGAGGAUAAUCAUAUAAAAAAUAAUAGUCAUAACAAACAGGACGAUUCAAAUAUAAAUGAAAUGAAUUAUAAUAAUAAUAUAAAAAGGGAUAGUAAAGACCAAUCUGAAUAUACUUUAAGAUAUAUAAAAUCAUUGAAUUUAUAUACCCCAUAUAUAAAUGAAAAGGAUAAGAAUGAAUUUGAUAAGUACAUAAAAGAGUUGAAAAACAAAAUGAUAAAUUGUAUACAGUUUUAUAAUAAUACUCAAAUCAAAGAUAUAUAUCAAAAGAGUAUAAAUAACGAAGAAAUAAAAAUAAAUACUCAAUAUAUACAAUAUAUAUGUAAAGGAGAUUAUAUAUUUAUAUCUUUUCAGUUGAUUAAUCCUUUAUAUACAAAAGUUGAAUGUCAGGGUACACAUAUAUGUGCUUACUAUUACAACGAAGAUAUUAAUAAAGAUAUUGAAGUUGAAAAGAAAAUAUUUAUUUUGGAACCACGGCAAGCAAAAAUGUGUACCUUAUAUAUAAAGCCACAAAAAAAAGGAUUGCUCUUUAUAUCGGGUGUGAUGUGGCACCUCUUCGGCCUAGUAAAAAUUUAUCAAAGCUUUUUCAUACAUGGGUUUAAAAAAAUGCAUAAAAAAUUUAAUAAAAUGCAUGCAUUAAGAUAUGAUGAGAUAUACAACUGUGAAGAUAAUACUCAGAAGAAAGAAAAUAUAAAACAUUUGAAAAAAGAAAUGAAUAAAUAUACAUGGUCUAGUAAUAUAGGUAUGCUUGGAAAAAAGAGUUUUAAAAAAAUGUCUUAUUAUGAUAUUGAUCAAAGGUUAUUAUUAUAUGUGUAUGAAAAAUGUUAUAAGUUUUCUUUUGAAUUUGUCAAUAUGUAUCUAAAUAGGAGUGAAUCGAAAAAGGUUAUGGAGGAUGAAAAAAAAAUUACUGUAAAUAAUUAUGAGAUAGAUAUGAUAGAAUUAUUUGAGGGUGAAAAUGUUGAAACAGUAUUUAAGAUAACAAACUAUUCAGAUAGUGAUGUAAAUUAUAUGGGUUUAUGUGUAACUCCAUGUAACUUAUUUAUGUGUUAUAAGAUAGUGCAUAAUAGUACUGUUGAGGGGGAAGCAGAGGAAUAUGUAUUAUGUAAUGAAAAAAAGAAAUUCGAACAUUUAAACAAUACACAUAAUAAUAAUAAUAAUAAUAAAAAUAAUAAUAAAAAUAAUAAUAAUUACUAUGAUGGUGACAAAAAUUAUGAAAUAAAUAAUGUCGGAAUAAAAAAAAAAAAACUUUCUAUAGAUAAUGAAUUAUAUACCAACGAAAAUGUUGAUAAAGAUAUAAAUGUAUUUAAACAAAAAUUUAAACAUAAAAAUAUUCAACAUAUAAUAAUUAAUGGUGAUAUAAAAAAAGAAGAUACAUUGUUUUUAUAUUUCCAAGUUAAUUCAACAUAUGCUGGCUUACACAAAUGUAUGAUGACUAUGUUAUGUAAAAAGAAUGAUGAACAAAUAAAAAAAGAAAAUAAGAAUUAUUCGAAUUAUUUAGAUAUCCUUACUCAGAAAAAAGAAGGAUGUUAUCUUUUUAUGAGAUUAAUGAAUAUAAUCCCUUUAAUAAAAUUAAAAAUGUAUACACCUCUAAGUAUUAUUCACAAUGAUAAAUAUAAUUAUAUAUAUUUGUCAUUUGAAAAUAUAUCUAAGAGAGAUAUAUAUAUUAAAAAUAUAUAUUUUCAUUACAUAUUCAAUGAAAAAUUGUUAAGUGGGUAUAUAAAAAAUAAAAAAAUAUAUAUGUCAAAAAUUGAAGGCAUACAUGGUUUUGAGUACAUAUCAAAAAGGGACAAUAAAAAAAAUAAUAAUAAUAAUAAUAAUAAUAAUAAUAAUAUUGAUAAUAAUAAUUGUGAUGAUGAUACUAACAUGUCUUAUUAUUAUUAUAAUUGCAAAUUAUAUAAUUUUUAUUCACAAAAUAAUAACUUUUUAUAUAUAAAGAAAAAUGAAAAAUCGACUUAUCUAUUCUAUACACAAGAGUUUGAUUUAAAAAAUAUGUGUAAUACAUGUUAUAUAUUCUUAGAAUGGUCCUUGAAGGAGGAUGAAAAUAUAAGAAGUGGAAUCAUAAAGAACGACACGAAGUUUUCUAAUGAUAUAAUAAAAUUUUCUAUGGAAUGUAUAGAAACAGAUAUAUAUAUGAAUAAUGAAAAAGAAAAAAAGGUUCAAAUUGCUGUCAAUAUACAAAAUAAUUUAGAUAUAGAUUUAAAGGAAUGUUAUAUACAUGCAAAUGAAAUUGAUGCAAUGCAUACAUUAUCUUCUUUAGAAAAUCCGAUGGAAGAUAAAAAUGAAUAUAUGAGUUUGUCUGUUAUAAAUCCACAUGAACAAGAAGAUAGUAAUAUAUCUUCAAAUGAUGAAUAUGAUAAUAUGAAUAAAACAUUAACAAGUAAUGUAUCACAUAGUAUAGAUAAUAAAAAUUAUAAUGAUAAUCAUAUAAGUUAUGAUACGAACGUUAUAACAUCUUAUAAUGAAGAUCCCAUGCAAUGUAAUGAUAUCCUAAAAAGUGAUGAUCAUAAUAUAUAUAAUCAGAAUGAAACAAAAAAGGAUAUGUCAUAUAUUUCUAAUACUUUGAAGGAAAUAAAUAAAAAUAAGUACCCUUAUAACUAUGAUGUUAUAAAUGAAAUAUAUAAGGAUGAACAAAACAAAGAUGAAGAUAAUGAAAGAAUACAUAUUUCUUCGUUCUCAUAUAAUAAAAAAAUUAAAGAUGAUAUAUAUCUUAUACAAAAAAAUAUUACCAAACAAAUUGAUUUGUUUAAUUAUAAUUUUAUAACAUCUAGCUUUAGAUUUAAAAAGAAUUUUGAAAUAUCCAUGUUACAAAAAAGUUUUAUAUCACCAAAUAUUAGAAGUACUACAUUAUUAAAAGAUAGUGACAAUAUGUUAAUACAAAAAAAUAGCUCAUUUGAUGAUAUACUUUUUAAACAAAGAAGGGAAAAAAAUAUAUAUAAUGUUAUAAAAUAUAAUACUUAUUAUACACAUAAUUAUAAUGAUAACAAUAGUUUAAUGAGAAUAAUGAGAAACAAAAAAAAAAUAUAUAAAGGUAAACACAAACAAGAAGAAACAGAAGACAUAGAAGACAUAGAAGAAAUAGAAGAAAUUGAAGAAAUUGACGAUAUAAAAGAAAUAGAAGAAAUUGAAGAAAUCCAAAUGAAAAAAAAGCAAAAGAAGAAAAAAGGAUAUUACGAAAAAAUGUAUAAUAACCAAUUAUAUAUGAACAAGUGUGUUACAUUAAAUGGAUAUAUAUACACUGGAUUAGUUCAGAGAUAUAUAAAAAGAUUAAAAAAGUAUCAAAAGAAAAAAUUAUAUUUUAAUCUAAUAUUUACACAAGAAGGAGUAUAUAACAUAAAUAAAUUUCAUGUCAUCUUUAAAGUAAAUGAUCAAGUAUUUAUUUUUAAGCCCCUCAAUAGUAUAAUCGUGCAAGUACAUAAAUGA